AUUGCAGACAAGCCCUUAAAAUAAUCUUUAAGACGCGAGAAUAUAUUACGUGAAGCCUCUCUCCAGUUGGCAACUGGAAGACCAAGCUGGUGCAGCCUUCGAAGCUUCCUUUGUGCUGCCAUUGGGGCUGAUAAUGAACGUGCAUGAGUUUAAGUUGGGAAAGAACAGAGACGGGGUGAGGGUAGAUAAACUUUGGCUUGAUGUGUCGGCUUGAAGUUGGCUUCUAAACUAGGUGAAGAAGGAGAAAUGGUGCAGCGUGGGAAGUCGGGGGCUAACUUAAUGGGAUGUGAAACAAAGUUCCUGUGCUAUUGAUGCUGUGCAGGCGUUGUCAAUACGGGCGUUUCUUCAGGCGUUUGGUUUUCCAUAAAUCCCAGGCAGAGAAGGAAAACAUUCUCUGGCGAGCAGCGGUGAGCAGUGAGAACCCUCCUCCCCACGUCUCAGGGCUCCCUCUGGCUAGGAGCCGCCUUGCACAAAAUGCAGAUUAUUUUAAGCCUUUAGAGGUCUCGGAGCUUUUAAGCAUUUGUGCAGUUCAGUUUUGUGCCAUGGUGGAAACCUCCCCUGGGUUUUCAGCCCUGCCGCCUGCGUUUCCAGAAAGCAUGCUAAAGCUCAGCUGUGCGCUAUCCGUGGAGCAGUGGAAGAAGUGGGCUUGGAGCUGUACAGUUGCACUGUGAGGCUGCAACUUAUUGAUAGGAGAGAAGACAAAGCCCCUUCACUAACUAAGAAGAAGCCAAGGAUUAGGACGGACUGUUAUUUCCUCCUCCCCGAAGUUGAAGUUAUGCUUUCCUUCUGUGGUACGUGCCAGAGUCCUGCUCUCCCAGCCCUGGUUCGUCCACCAGCCCCUCCUUUGCAACCAUCGCUGGAUAUUAAACCAUUUCUUCCCUUUCCUCUUGACACUGCGGCCGCAGUCAACCUCUUCCCCAACUUCAAUGCGAUGGACCCGAUUCAGAAAGCUGUAAUAAAUCAUACUUUCGGGGUUCCUCUUCCUCAUCGAAGAAAGCAAAUCAUAUCAUGCAACAUUUGCCAGUUGAGAUUUAAUUCUGAUAGCCAGGCUGCAGCCCACUACAAAGGCACGAAACAUGCCAAGAAGCUCAAAGCACUGGAAGCCAUGAAAAAUAAGCAGAAAUCAGUAACUGCCAAGGACAGCGCAAAGACUACCUUCACCUCCAUCACUACCAAUACCAUCAACACCAGCUCUGACAAAACAGACAGUACCGCAGGGACACCAGCAAUAUCAACGACGACAACUGUGGAAAUCCGCAAAAGCAGUGUUAUGACAACUGAGAUCACCUCUAAAGUGGAAAAAAGCCCCACGACAGCCACUGGCAAUAGCUCAUGUCCUUCCACGGAGACGGAGGAAGAGAAGGCAAAACGGCUCCUUUACUGUUCGCUAUGCAAGGUUGCUGUCAACUCCGCCUCACAGCUGGAGGCGCACAACAGUGGUACUAAGCACAAAACCAUGCUAGAAGCCCGGAACGGAAGCGGGACUAUCAAAGCCUUUCCUAGGGCAGGCGUCAAAGGCAAAGGACCUGUUAAUAAGGGAAACACGGGCCUCCAAAACAAAACGUUUCACUGUGAAAUCUGUGAUGUGCACGUCAACUCAGAAACACAACUAAAACAGCACAUCAGCAGUCGAAGGCACAAAGACAGAGCUGCUGGGAAGCCCCCGAAACCUAAAUACAGCCCUUACAACAAACUGCAGAAAGCAGCGCAUCCGCUGGGGGUAAAAUUAGUAUUUUCAAAAGAACCUUCAAAGCCAUUGGCUCCACGGAUUCUACCAAACCCGCUGGCAGCUGCCGCCGCCGCCGCCGCCGUGGCCGUGAAUUCCCCCUUCAGCCUGCGCACGGCUCCAGCAGCCACCCUCUUCCAGACUUCCGCUCUUCCGCCCGCACUCCUGAGGCCAGCUCCCGGGCCCAUUCGGACCGCCCACACUCCCGUGCUGUUUGCUCCCUACUAAAUUCCAAACGGGAAUAAUUGUACUGCAAUAAUUUUUCACAAAACAAAACAAAAAACAAAGAGAACUAUGCAGUGUUUAUUUAUAGUUUAAAGUAUAUCUGAAGAGCCAGGACUUUUGAUAGUGAAUUGAAAAGAUAAUAAAAGGGGGUGGGGAGUAUAGGGGCAGGAGGGAGGGAGUGGUAUUUUCUCCAAAUUAAAGCAUUCCUCUUGAAUCUUGAUUGUUUUAGAAGUGAUCUCCAGCAUUGACCUGUAGUAUUAUCUAGAACUUCUGAAGCCUUGUGACUGUGCUUUUGGGCACCUGUUUCCCCCUGCAUUGUCUUUCCUGCUCUCUGAAACAACUAUACAUUGUCUAAGGGCAUUAACUGGUUCCAAUGUAUAUAUAAUAAUUUACUCUGUAGAUUAAAACAAUGUGAAAAAAGAAAAAAAAAAGAAACAAAAACAAAAGCAACACUGUGAAUAGUAGUACCCGUGCUGGUCCUCUUGCUAUGACAGCAAUUAUUGGGUAUUUAUCCCAACAAAAGUAGAUACAGUAGAUGUCUUGUUCAACAAUAGUGCUGUGUCUCAAUCUAUGCCAUUAGAUUUCAAAAUAUUGCAAAAGGUAAAACGAACAAGUAUUUCAUACCAGUAAGCAGUCAAAAUAUAAACACAAGAUGCUAUCCUGGAGGCCUCCCUGGCCGGCGUUCUCCUCCCCUGUUAAGCUUGAAGAAUGAACAGGGUUACUCUUAGAGGUAGGGAAGCCAUUAAUAAAGGUUAUUUAUUACAAAUACUGAUUUCCCACCCUGAAGAAGUAUUGCUGGAAACAGAGAAGUGCUUGUAAUAAAACCUAUAUCUGAAAACAGAUAAACCCAUGUAUCAUGGGCAUUUGGAAAGAAAUCAGUACAUCUCUUCUGUUUCAAGGUUAAGAAACAAUCAUAACCUUGAAUGACAAUUCAAAGUAAAGAUCUUUCAUGUUAGUACAUAUCCAAUAAAUACAGAGAAGAUUGUGUCUCUGUAAUAUGCCCUUUAUAUCAUACCAGUAGGGUUGUCUCUUAGGAAAAGUUACUGCUUUAAGUGAUGGUAGAAUUAAGCAUUAGCUAUUGUUAUGGGUUUAUUGUUGUAUUUUAGAUUUCCUACUGACAUGAUAUAAACAAUUAAUAUAUAUUUAAAUGUUAGUAACAACAAGAGAAAAAAUGAAGCUGAGUUCAUUGCACACCAAUGAUGUAGUGUUAAAAAAAAUACUGGUAAGGUCCACUUGACCAUCACUUCCCCAGUGGAGUUGUGAAAUAUUGACAGCCUUUUCUGGUUACAAUUAGGCUGAAUGGAGUUGAUGUUUUACCUUUAAAACAAGAUUUAUCAGGGGUAUAUAUAAAUAUAUGUAUAUUGUAUAUAUGUUAGAAAGAUUAAGAGAAUAACUUAUAAAAGAAAUCUAUAUGAAAUAAUUCUAUAACCAUCCAGUGUUACAUGUUAUCAUUAAGUUGGUAACAAAUGGCAUAAAAUAGCUGUGCCUUUAAUUUGUGAUAAAGGCUAUUUGCUUUUUCCCAUAGAAAGCUAAGACAUACUUGUCAAUACUGUGGGGUUUGAUGCAGCCAGUCUGUUGCAUUAAUAAGAACAUUGACACUCAAACAUAGAGCAAGGACAAACCAUGUACAAAUCAACCCUACAUGAUUUAGAUUUAGAGAAAAAAUUAUUUUUGAAAAGGUUUUGUAAAGAUUAUUUAAAAAUAUAGGGAAGGCUGGAGGUGGCCUUCCUGAAAAUACUCUUAUCUAAAUGGUAGUAGCCUUUAGAGAGAUAUGAAGAAUCAAGACGAAACCAUUUGAGAGAUAGGUAUUUAGCAUUUCUCAUUUUAUAUUUAUGAAACAACCAUAGCGUGCUUGGUGCUCAACAUUGAACAUCGUCUUUGGAGUAUAUCUCCACCAUCUAACUGUAGAAAUUUGUCACAUAAAUAUAUAUUUAAGGCAGUUGACUUUAUUUAUCUUUUGUUAAACGAACAACCAAACAAAAUGGGCGAAGGAAGGAAGGAAAGGAGGGAGGGAGGGAAGGAAAGGAGUAAGGAGGGAAAGAAAGAAAGGAAGAAAGAAGAAAAGAAAAUGUAUUCCAUCGAUCUUCUGGUAAAAAAGAAUUGCAAACCAUGCCUGUCUGGUUAAACGUAUUGGAUAACAUUGUGGUUAAUUUGUUUUUGAAGGUAUCCCAUAAGUUUGUAUUUAUCAACAUCUCUACUCUCUGGUUUUAGCAAACGUUACCCUUUUACACCUAUGGACCCUGCUAUUUCAACCAGUUGGACAAUUUCACAUAAAUUGGUGGCUUUACCAUGUGAUCAGCUUCUAAGCAUUUUGAACUUUAGUUUCCUUUUUUUCUGUUCUGCCAACUACUUUGAUCUGUUAUUGUAGUCAUCCCAAAUCCCCAUCCAACAACCUUUAUAGCUAAGGAACUUCUUUCUAUUGGAGAACUUUUGUUAAUUGAUGCAAUCUUCCUGCAAUGUGCUUUUGUUGUUCUUCCCCAUUUCCACCAAAGUGAAUGAGCCAGUCUGCUAGAAGCCAGGGCCUGUGAACACACAGAGUCCUGGGUCACCAGGCAUUAAUAACUUUAAUGAUUUGCUGGGAACAAACAAAUCAGCCAUAUUUUCUCCAUCAGCCAUAUGAGAAAACUCAGAAAUAUCUGGAUCCCUUCUGCCUCACUUCGCUAUGGAACCACUUUUGUUUAAAUGGUCUCUUCAAUUGGAGCUGUAAGCAUCAGUUGUCUUUUACUCACUACCUAAUAAAGGAUGAAGCCUAACCACAGAA